UAAUGUUACGUCAACAAACCAACCAGAGAGUAUUAUCGUCCAUUGUUGCUUGGGGAGAAGGGAGACAGAAGGAGAGAUUUGAGCUUGUUGGACGGACAUUAUGUCGUCUCCAUCGCCUGGGAAGAGACGAAUAGACACUGAUGUCAUCAAACUGAUCGAAAGCAAGCACGAAGUGACAAUACUUGGUGGAUUGAACGAGUUCAUUGUGAAGUUCUUUGGUCCAAGUGGAUCACAUUAUGAAGGGGGCGUUUGGAAAGUUAGAGUCGAUUUGCCAGAAAAAUACCCAUUCAAAUCACCCUCAAUAGGUUUCAUUAACAAGAUCUUUCAUCCCAACAUAGAUGAAGCAUCUGGUACAGUAUGCCUAGAUGUAAUUAACCAAGCUUGGACUGCUCUUUAUGAUUUGUCAAAUAUCUUUGAAUCAUUUCUUCCUCAACUUCUGUCUUAUCCUAAUCCUGUGGACCCUUUGAAUGGAGAUGCAGCUGCACUCUACCUGCACAAACCAGAACAAUACAAAGCAAAAAUUCAAGAAUAUAUCAAAAAGUAUGCCACAGAAGAAGCCCUUAAGGACCAAGAGGAAAUGUCAUCAUCAAGUGAAAGCUCCAUAAGUGACUUUUCAGAGGAUGAAGCUCAGGACAUGGAGCUCUGACAUAAGAAAAUAUGAUAAUUUGUUUUGUAUUCUAGGUGCUGACAGAUAUACAUAAAUUGUAGUAAUGAUCAUUUGGUUCAAGCUUUGGUAUCUUCUAGUGGAAGAAAUUUCUUUCCUUUUUAGAUAAUUUCUUUCAUUUUUUUAGAGCAAAAAACAAAGUUUUCCUCCUUAUCUUGGAAUAUUGCUGUGAUAUUAUUUCUUGAACUUUUUUCUUGUGAAACGUGUAGAAAUUUUCAAUCUCUUAUUGAAUUUUCAGUCAGCAGAGAUACCAAACCUUGACCAAAAUUAAUAAUGCUAGCAUUGUAUAAAUAUUAAACAGUCUGUAACAGUGUAAAUUUUUGCCCUAAUUUAUAAUUACGAGACCCAGAAAUGGCUGCCUUGAUAUAAAAAAUCUUAAAUACUGUGAGAUCUUAAAUCUCUAAAUUCAGUGCAAGUCCUUUAUUUAUUUAUUCUGAAAACAAUUAUGUUCACAGUACUUAACAUAUUCCGUAAACCUGAUAAUUUGCAUAAUAAUUGUUAUAAAUUAUAAAUUUUUUUGGGAAGAAAUCAACUCAGCUCUCGUAAUUGUUAAUUCUGUAUACGUGCGAAAUUGUUUUUUUUUUCUGAAAAAAAUAAUGUAUCACCUAUUUUACUUCAAAUUACCGGUUAUGAUUCAUCCGUUUUUACCAAAAAUCUGUGUUUUGAAAAUUUAACCUAAAACUUAAAUCUGAAUCACUAUUGCAUUGAGAGGUUUUUUUUCUUUUUAAGUGAAGAGAUAUUUUUAGUCAAAACAAUUUGGUUGGUCUGGGCAGCCGUAUCUGAAUACCAUUCUUAUAUAACAAUAUGGGGAAAGGUUAGAUUAAGGACAUCUGCUAUGCAUGACAGUGAAAUUCGCCCCAUUUUGUUUGGGAAUGUAUAUUGUAUUAUAUUUGUACAUAGGGUUUUUGGGGAGUGACUAGUUCUCUGUUAUUUGUAGGGAAUUGCUGAUAUAAUUGAAUCAUUACAGUGCAAUUUUCAAUUGAGUGUCAAAAAGAAUUUGGGAUUGAAUUAGUUUGGUUUUCCUUCGCUCCGCUAUUGAUCGAGAAAAUGAGUCAUUCUCAGAACCAAUCAAAUGAAGAUUUGAUACCAACCGCGCCAUCUUCUCUUGCGUUUUCCUGCGCUUCGGGUAGGUUUCAUGUCUCGCUGAGUUGUGAUUGGCUCGUUGCUAUUUUCCGUUUUCGUGAUUGGCUCUUGUGAUGUCGUUGGUUCUGGUUUUUAGACACUCGAUCGAAAUUCGCUCUAUUGCCAAUUACUCUGUGAUUUUAAACAACGUCUUAAGUUUGUAUGAAUUAAACUGGCUGGCUUAAAAUUUCAAAAUUAUGAUUUUACUCCUUUCCAGAAUAGCAUACUGAUUUUGAUUAUGACUAAACACUUUUCGUAAUGAUUGAACAUCUAUGUGAAUGGGGUUGCUGUGGGGAAAAUUAUCUGUGUUGCUGUACCCAGGUGAUGGAAAAAGAACAGCGGCGCCUCCCCCUUUUCAAUGAUGUGUUCUUUUCUGAUCGUAGUCCGCCAUUUUGAAAUUUAAUGGCGGGAGUCGAGGCGCGAGGAGGGCGAGAAGUUCAUAACGCAUGUCAAACUGUUUUUGGAGCCUUAUCAUUACUGUGAGAGUUAAGAUUUGUCGUCUUGUGCUUGCUUGCUUUAAUAAAGGAAAGGAAAUUGUUGUGUA